AACAAAAAAAAACAGAGAGAAGAAACCCUUCUCUCUUAAACCCUAGUUUUUGUUUUGAUUAAGAUCUGUAUUUUGUGUGUAAAAAUGGAGAAGAAUCUCGUUGGAUAUAGGUUUAGUCCUACGGGAGAGGAACUGAUCAACUAUUACCUCAAAAACAAGAAUCUUGAUAAACCAUGGCUAGUCGACGAUGCCAUCAACGAGAUCAACAUCUGUGCUCACGAUCCAGAGUCCUUGCCUUCGUUAUCGAAGCUGAAAUCGAACGAUCUCGAAUGGUACUUCUUCUCUCUCAGGGAGUACUACGAACCUGAGAAGAAGGGAACGAAGAGGACAACACCCUCUGGGUUCUGGAAAGUUACUGGUUCGGAUAUAGAAAUCAAGGACAAGAGAGGACACGGUGUAGUGAUCGGGAUCAAGAAGACGCUUGUCUACCAUCAAGGUAAAUCAACUAAUGGAGUUAGGACUCAUUGGGUUACGCACGUGUAUCAUAUCACUUCCUUGUCUCUUAACCAGGUAACAAUCUUUCAGAUUGAGUUUGGCAGCUCAGUUUAGUUGAACUGGUCUUAUGUUUCAUUUUUCUUGAUCUUCUUUAUAAAGGUUUGACUCAACUGUCUCUGAUCUAGUUGAUAUUGUUAGAAAUUGAAGAACAUAGUGAAGAACAAGAGAGAGAGAGAUGUUUAAUCUAGAAAGUAGAGAGAGAUAGAGUAAAUAAGGAGAAUCUUAUUUGCUUGAUUGAUUUGCUUAUGGGAACAUCCCAUAUAUAUAAGGGUUACAAGUAUGGCAAAUGGUAGAUGAGAUAUGAUAAAC